AUGUCAGUCGCUUCGACGAACUCUUUAAUUCGUUAUGAGGACGAACUUCGUCGCCGACUUGAGAAGUUGUCCAGGACCUACGACCUAACUACCAUGAAGAUUUUUAUGGUGGUUGAAUGUAUCGGAGAGGAGCUUGUCUGUAGUACGUACAGCCCGGACCAGAGGGUCCGAUGGGAGUCCUUCCUGGCCAGGAAAGAAGCUUGUCGUCUAGAUCUCAGCAAGCAUGUGAAAAAUCGCGCGAGAUAUCAGGACUUUCUUUACAAUGUUUCCAGAGAAGCACAAGGAAAAGACUUCCACGACGCUAUGAUGAGGUAUUUCCAUGGGAAAGGAGCCACGGACGCAUUCGGACAAGUGACUCGGGUUAGCAGUGAGUUCAGCUUUUGUAAUCACAUCUGUCAGCUGUUCGAACGAAAAUUGGACACGUGGUUCCAAUCGUCUGAGGCUGUUGCUGUGAAACUGACAGGCCACGUGAAAGUGUCAAACUGUGUACGCGUAAUGACGGGACAGGUAGACGCUCUUUGUCAUAGAGACGAGUAUAUGUAUGCAAUAAACAUUAAGGUCACUGGUAUGGAUACACCCAGACCACUGGACCUGGCCGAAAUGUGUUUGUACAAAGCUUUGGUGAUCCAAAAUGGACUCUGUGACCCUGAUUUACUCAAACUCUGUUUAAUCACUCUGCAUCUUACGGAAGAGAAACCGAUUCUUCGGUUUUGGGAGUAUACUCCAACCGACGAAAUGGAACAGGCUAUUAGGGAAGCAGACGUGGAUCGGUUAAUUGAUGCCGGGAAAUUGAGCCAAUUUCACGAAUUCUGGAAAGACAAUGUGCACCUGCCUCCAAUGACGUCGAUGUAUUCUGGCUCGUCCAGGUAA